CUGACUGAGUUACCAAGCACUCCAAAACGAGCCAAUAGACAAAGAGUACGGAGAAAAGUGGCCAGUCUGACCUCCACACCAGUUCAAAGCAUAUCUAGCAUUCGGAGAUCUCCCCCUGAAGUGAAGGAAGUGCAGCUACAGUACACCGAACUCAUCACUCAGUCGAAGACGUCAGAUGGGGAUUUAUCACCAUGCUCCAACUCCAAAUCUCAGAGCAGAAGAAAAAGGAAGUGUGUCUCUCAGUCAAAGCAAGUUAUCCCAAGGGCAACAACAAAGCAGACGCACACCAACGGCCCGGCAUCCAAACGUCCGCGUGGCAGACCACGGAAGACUGUGGAUGUAGAAGGGAGAAGGGAUACUCUGGCAUCGACGCACUCAAGACCAAGAUUUGAACUUAAAGAGCCUGAUACACCUGGACAAGAAGAGUCCUGGCUGUCAUCAGAUCUGUCCAUUGAGCUAAGUCACCACGAGGAACCCUCUUUGUCCUUCCAGGAAGAUGAGAAAAGUGAGGAAGAGGAGGAGGAAGAGGAAGACCUACCAAGUUUUUUGACACAGAUGGACAAAAAGCCUCCUUGCAUCACAGUGGGAGCUUUUGUGUGGUGUAAAUACCGAUAUUAUCCCUCCUGGCCUGCAUUGGUUAAGAGUGUGAACCGUAAGCAGAAGAAAGCAAGCAUCGUGUUUAUCGAAGACACAAGCAUUCAGAAAAAGAAAGGGUUUACUGUGGCUCUGAAAUCACUGAGGCCUUUUGACUGUGAGGAAGCUGAUGAGCUGAUUCGCAAAGCCAAAGAAAUGUAUGACGCUACUGUUACUUGGUCGUUGGAACUGAUAGAAGACUACAGGAUCAGGAUUGCAUGUGGUUCGUUUUCUGGCUCCUUCAUUGAGUAUUUUAAUCACGACAUGAGCUACCCAGUGAGGAGGACGUAUCCACAAGCAGCCUCAGAGAGACUAACAAUAUCCUCUGAUAUCACGGAUAAUGGCUUCAGUGACAUCAAGGAAGACAGCCUUGAUGAUAUCAAGGAGGAUAGCUGUAGUGAGAAGAACGAAGAUCUUGGUCGGAGCUCAAAGAGGCUGCUGCCAGACCGGACUCAUGCUGCCCACAACCGCGCUAACGAGAAGCUGGUACAUUUCAUUGUCAAGCAGCGCAUGGCGGAACCUCAUCUUCUGGCAGUGAUCCGAGGGCAGCAGCAUUCAAGAUGGCUUCGCUCAUUUUUGAGUUCCAAGCGGAGACGAGUGGUGAACAUAUACCUGGAAGAUGACCAGCAGCUGGACCAGGUCUACUGGUACCUCAGUGAUCUCUGUGCAACAGCAGUUGGUACUGCUCCUUGUUUGGCUGGGGUGAAAUCAAUGGAGCGCGUACCCUUUGUUCUCGACGUGCUGCUUCCUGAAGCAAUUAUUUAUGCCAUUGCUGGAGUGGACAAUGUUUCAGUGAAAAAGGCAGAGGAAAAGUACUUAAAGGGACGAUGCAUAAGUAACAGGGAGAGACAAGAGUUUGACUUGAUGAUUGAGCAGCAGAUGAGGAGGAAAUCACUGCGGCCAAAUAUGGCUCUGGACUUGCUCUCUGACCCUGGAAGUUAA